GCAAACUAUAUAAAGCUCCACCUUUCCCCUUAAACCCUGCAUACUCUACUGGUUUGUCUUCCCUAAACCCAUAGGAAGAGCAAUUACCUUUCUCAUUCACAAAUGGCGGUGGACAAGAACAAGCUGGAUGAAGAAGCUUGCAGUCUCCGCUUCUACAAAAUCAUUCUAAGCUGGGAUUACCUUCGUCUCCUCAAAGAAUCCGACAGAAAGAAUCACAAAAAGGAUAAAGGAGAUGAUGACACUGCUCCUGGUCUGAAAAAAGCCAAGAAUUCGUACAAAGAUGUUGAAGAUUAUAUUGCAACAUUCGAGCCUCUUCUUUUUGAAGAAGUCAAAGCUCAAAUCGUCCAAGGGAAAAAGGAUGAUGAAGAAGAGACGCAAUGGAUGAAAGCAGUAACUGUCGGGUGUAGUGAGAUUGAUGGAUUUCACUUUCCAAUGAUUUCAUCCAGUGAUGCUGAAUCAAUAUCACAAAAUGAUCUGUUGUUACUUUCAAAUAAAGAGUUUGGGGAGGGUAAGAGACUUCCAACUGCGUAUGCAUUUGCAUUGGUUGAGGAUCGUCGACCAGACAAAAUAAGACUUAGGAUGUACCUGAGCGGAGAGGUCAAACAAUUGAGUACAGAGGAGACAGAAGCUUGCCCAAGGCUUUUGAAUAUGCGUCCUCUUGUUACAGAAAAUGCGAAGCUUUUGCAUGUUCUUAAGAUAUGCAGUUUAUCAACUAUAGCCCGCGAAUAUGUUGCUCUGCGGUCAGUUAUCUCCCUCCCAUUCAAGGAUUUGAUACUAUCAGCAGCUGAAAGCAAUCAUACUACAGAGGAUCAUGCCUGGAAAAUAUCCAGACCCUUGAAGGAAUUUCUUGAAAGCAAUCACAACAAGUCUCAGCUUGAUGCUAUUAAUGGUCCACCAGGGACUGGAAAAACACAAACUAUCCUUGGGCUUCUCAGUGCCAUUUUGCAUGCAACUCCUGCCAGAGUACACUCCAACAGGUAUCCUGCUUAA